CGGAUUCAAAGUUGCGCUGCUUCUGCAGAUGGAAUGCUUGAACUGGAGACAACGCAUACAGCAAGAAGCAAAUAUUUUUUUGGAGCAGAUGGAAUGAUAGUUUUGCUCUAUCAUGUUUCACAAGCCGAACGCAGCCGUGUAAAAUCCAUCCACCUGCGGCAGAACCAGCAGUAACCAUGAUUUGGACUAUUUUACUAUCCUACUGCGUGACUUUUGUCUUUGGGAAUAAGACCGAUGAACGGAUACCUUUCUUUCACGGACAUGUAUUUGAGAACUCGCCACAGGGAUCUAAAGUGAACGGACUGAGUAUACCGGUAAAGCGCGUUGACGCACAGAAAUGGUGCUCCAAGUCCGGAAUGCACCUGAAACUCAUAGGAGACGGCAGCGAAGACUUCCAUGUAUUUGCUCACCACAAGCGCGGUCACAUCUUACUGAAAACCUCCAACAUACUGGACAGGGAAGAGCGCGCCGAGUACCUUUUGAGUCUGGGUUUAUGUUGUCAAAACUGCGCAUCGGCCGACCGCGUGGUUGCAGAAGUUGCAUCUGUCAAAGUGGACGUGCUUGACACUAAUGACCACGAACCCACCUUUCGCCAUGCAGAUGUCAAGAUAACUUUAGACGACGCCACGGCCCUGCGUUCGGUGGUGUAUAAAGUGAAGGCCGUGGACACAGACAGUGGUAAAAACGCAGAACUUAUUUAUUUCUCCCUCCCGAAAAAUGGCAGUUUUUAUGUUGUGCCCAAAACCGGCGAGGUGCUGCUUGUAGACUCGAUAUUAGGUUUGUCAUCACCUAUUAGAUUUAAUGUAUUUGCCCGGGAUCACGGAUGGCCCUCUCGGACAAGUCAGAAUAUGGAGAUGGAAAUCAGCCCCCGACAACUGCCCGCGGCACAGCCGCCGUCCCAACUGCCUCAGGGCAGCGGCUUCUCCCGUAGGUCCAGGUCCUUGCAGGAACCUGACAAACCUGUCGUUAUCAGUGUGUCAGAGGAUGCCAGCGUUGGUUCAGUUGUGAUGAACUUGAAUCGUUUCAGUCGGUUUCCAUCGGCAAGCUUUGAGUUGGUUUACCCCGGUGCGGAGAAUACACCAGUGUCGGUCAGCCGUGACAGCGGGGAUAUUGUGAUUUCCAGGCGUCUUGACCGGGAGACGGAGCCACUGGUGGAAAUAACUGUCAGAGUCCAAGAUAAAAGGGGCCCUGAGAGGUACCUGGUACGGAUCGAGCUCACGGUCAUGGACGUGAACGACAACGCACCUGAGUGGACCAUGGUCCCUUUCCCAUACUUGGCAGUGGUCUCGCCGGACGCCCCCACUGGCACCUUGGUCUACAAGCUCCACGCUCGGGACGGAGACGAGGGGAGCAACGGAGAGGUGGAAUACAUCCUGUCUGAUGGAGGAGAUGGCCGUUUCGAGGUGGACCGUAAGAGCGGGCACGUGCGCACCACGGGGCUGCCGCUGCAGCGCGAGCGCGAGUACCUGCUGACCGUGGUGGCGGCCGACAGGCAGGCCAGCCGCAGUGCCCCUGCCGUGCUGUCCGUGGUGGCCGGCCCGCGCCCCCCGCAGUUCACCAACACCUCCUACACCAUCACCAUCCCCGAGAACACGCCCGAGGGCCAGGCUUUCCUGGUCACCCCAGCGCUCUCCUUCCAGAAGCAGCCCAUCAGCUACAGCCUGGUGAUCAACCCCAGCAGCCUGUUCACCAUCCACCAGGAGACGGGCGAGAUCAGCCUCACGCGCACCGUCGACUACGAGAGUGACCAACACCGCUACCUGCUGCUGGUCCGGGCCAGUGAGACCCAGAACAGCCUGAGCAGCGCUGCCGAGGUACGGGUCAUCAUCACCGACGAGAACGACUGCGUCCCGGAGUUCCAGCAGUCCAUUUACAGCAAUGACGGCAUCCCAGAGACCGUAACCACAGCAACCUCUCUGCUGCAAGUGUCGGCCAGUGACUGUGACUCGGAGCAGAAUGCUGAGAUCGCCUACUACACUCUGAGCCCGGACUUCAGCAUCUCAGCUCACGGCACCAUCUUCCCCGCCGGGCCCCUGGACUACGAGCGGCCCAACCACCUGUACGAGUUUGUGGUGAUGGCAGUGGACAGGGGCGAGGAGCCGCGCACCGGCACGGCCACAGUGCGCCUGCGCAUGGCCAACGUCAAUGACGAGCCCCCGGAGUUCUCCCAGCAAGUCUACCGGACCUUCGUCUCCGAGGACGCCGGACCCAACACGCUGGUUGCCACGGUGCUCGCCAAGGACCCCGAUGGUGAUGGGAUCACCUACAAGAUCUCCGCAGGGAACGAGGAGGGCAACUUUGUGAUUGACAGCCAGAAAGGUUUGAUCCGCCUCCGCUCCAGCCCGCCCCCGAGGCUGCAGGGGGUGGAAUAUGUGCUGAACGUCACAGCGACGGACGACAACGCCUCCGGAGGUCCACAGCCCCUGUCCACCACAGCCCAGGUCGUGGUGAGAGUCGAUGAUGUCAACAACAACAAGCCUGUCUUCGAGCAGUGUCAGCAGUAUAAGGAGCGGAGUUCUGUCUUGGAGAACCAGCCGGCGGGGACAUUCGUGGUGCAGGUGCACGCCGUGGACGCAGAUGAGGGGGCCAAUGGGAAAGUGACGUAUGGCUUCAUGCACCGGGACAGCACCAUCCCCGCUUUUAAUAUCGACCCAGACACAGGUGUGAUCGUCACGGCCAGGAAGUUCGACCGUGAGCGGCAGAGAGAAUACGCUGUGACGGUGACAGCCACCGACCAGGCCGCCGACCCGCUUAUUGGAAUCUGCCAGCUCAACAUCCUCAUUCUCGAUGAGAACGAUAACAGCCCCAAGUUCGAGAACCUCCGAUAUGAAUACUUCCUGCGUGAGGACACCAUGACUGGCACAAGUUUUCUGCGUGUGGCUGCGCACGAUGAUGACUACGGCUCCUACGCGGCCAUCACCUACUCCAUGUCCAAAGAGCAGCCUGAGUACCUCCAGGUCAACCCGGUCACUGGCUGGGUCUACGUCAAACAGCCCAUCUCCCAGAGAUCCUACAUCAGCAGGCAGAUUUUCGCCACAGACGGGGGAAACCGAAGCAGCUCAGUCGAGCUGGCGGUCACCAUCACCAACGUGAAGAACCAGCCCCCACAGUGGGAGAGGGACACUUAUGAGGUGGUCCUACCGGAGAACACCGUCAGGGACACACCCGUAGUGACGGUCAAAGCCACCUCACCGCUGGGAGACCCCAGGGUGACCUAUAACCUGGAGGAUGGGAUGGUGCCGGAGACCAACAUGCCCGUGCGCUUCUACCUGACGCCCAACCGCGAAGACGGCUCCGCCUCCAUCCUGGUGGCCGAGCCGCUGGACUACGAGACCACUCGCCACUUCACUCUGCGUGUGCGUGCCCAGAAUGUCGCCGCUGUGCCCCUCGCUGCUUUCACCACGGUCUACGUCAACGUCACAGAUGUCAACGACAACGUGCCCUUCUUCACCUCAUCCAUCUACGAGGCCUCCGUGACCGAGGGGGCAGAGAUUGGGACCCUGGUGCUGCAGGUGUCGGCCAACGACUUGGACCUCGGCCUUAACGGAAAGAUAUCCUACUCUCUGCUGAACGACCGCAGUGGGGACUAUCAGUUUUUCCGCAUUGAUCCCGAGGUGGGCUCCAUCUACACAGAGGCGGUGUUCGACCGCGAGACCAAGGGCUCCUACCUGCUGGAGGUGAAGUCAGUGGAUGGAUGGGAGUCAGCUAGGCCGGGCAGACAUGGGCAGCCCAACUCGGACACGGCGUAUGUGCGCAUUUUCAUCAGUGACGUCAAUGAUAACAAGCCCAUCUUCGCCCAGGCGGUCUAUGAAGUCGACGUCGACGAGGAUGCUGAUGUUGGCUCCACCAUCGUCACCAUGAGCGCUAAUGAUGAGGAUGAAGGUGCCAAUGCCAAGCUCCGCUACCAGAUCACGUCAGGCAACACGGGUGGGGUGUUUGACGUGGAGCCAGAGGUGGGCACCAUCUUUAUUGCGCAGCCUCUGGACUAUGAGCAGAACAAGCGAUACACCCUCCACGUGCUGGCCUCCGAUGGGAAGUGGGAGGACUACGCCACCGUGGACGUUAAUGUGGUCAACAAGAACGAUGAGGCUCCGGUGUUCACCAUGAACGAGUACUAUGGCAGUGUGACAGAGGAGCUAGAUGGCUCUCCUGUAUUUGUUCUGCAGGUAACUGCCUCUGACCCAGAUAAGGAUGCUGACCAAGAAGCCCUGCGGUAUUCACUCCAUGGCCAAGGAGCAGAGAGUGAGUUCAUAAUUGAUGAGGUGACAGGGAAGAUCUACGCCCAGCGGACACUGGACCGCGAGCAGCGUGCCGCCUGGCGCUUCGUGGUGCUGGCCACGGACGAGGGCGGCGAGGGGCUCACGGGCUUCACCGACGUCAUCAUCAACGUGUGGGACAUCAACGACAACGCGCCGGUCUUCGCCUGCGCGCCCGACAACUGCCACGGCAGCGUACCGGAGAACUCGCUGCCGGGCACCGCCGUCAUGGAGAUGACGGCCACCGACCUGGACGACGCGGCCGUGGGCCAGAACGCCGUGCUCACGUACCGGAUCUUGGGGAGCGGCGGCGGCGAAAUGUUCACCAUCAACCCGUCCACGGGGACCAUCUCGGUGGCGCGCAGCGGGCUGGACCGCGAGCUGACCGACGCGUACACGCUGGUGGUGGAGGCGCGGGACGGCGGCGGCAUGAGCAGCACGGCCACGGUGAGCGUGCGCGUGAGCGACGUCAACGACCACGUGCCGCGCUUCCUGGAGCGCUCGUGCCACGCCGCCGUCCCCGAGAGCGCCGAGCCCAACGCGGCGGUGCUGGAGCUGGCGGCCGAGGACGCCGACGCCGGCGAGAACUCGCUGCUCACCUUCAGCGUGGUGGCCGGCGACCCCGAGCAGAAGUUCUUCGUGGAGAGCCAGCGCGCCGAGCGGCGCGGCACGCUGCGCCUGAAGAAGCGACUGGACUACGAGCGUCCGGCCGAGCAGCGCUUCAACCUGACGCUGCGCGUGGAGGACCUGGAGUACUCCAGCGUGCUGCACUGCGUGGUGGAGGUGCUCGACUGCAACGACCACGCGCCCGUCUUCAUCCCCCACUUCCUGCCGCUGCCGCCCGUCCGGGAGGACCUGCCCGUGGGCUCCAGCCUGGCCACGCUGGCCGCCACCGACUCGGACUCCGGCCUCAACCGCCAGAUCACCUACAGCAUCGCCCCGGAGUCCGACCCCCUCCACAUUUUCCGCGUGGACCAGACCGGCCUGGUGACAGUGGCCAGCCCGCUCGACCGGGAGAGCGCCCCCCAGCACUACCUGGUCAUCCUGGCCACGGACCACGGCACGCCCGCGCUGACCGGCACCGCCACCGUCCAGCUCUCCCUGGUGGACGUCAACGAUAACGGUCCAGAGUUUGAGGCGGCGUACGCCCCCGUAGUGAUGGAGAACGCUCUGGGACCUCAGAUUGUGAUGCUGAACCAGACGUCGUCGCUGCUGCACGUGGUGGACAGGGACGCAGAGGAGAACGGCGGGCCCUUCACCUUCACCAUGCCGCUGGAGUUCCGCCUCGCCAACGACUUCUACCUGCAGGACAACGGCAAUGGCACGGCCACCAUCACCGCCCUGCGCGAGUUCAACCGGGAGAGCCAGAAGGAGUUCUUCCUCCCCAUCAUCAUGACGGAUAGUGGUCACCCUCCAAUGACAGUCACAAACACGCUCACGGUCACCAUCGGAGAUGAAAACGAUCAUGCCCACCAGGCGGGAGAGAAGGAGAUCUACAUUAAUAGCCAUAGAGGACGAAUGCCAACCACCAUCUUGGGGAAGGUCUAUUCCCCCGAUCCGGAUGACUGGGACAACAAGACCUACGCCUUUGAGGGACACAUCCCAAACUACUUUCUCCUGAACAAGCGGACAGGCUUCCUCACCAUCAAGGAGAACACCCCGGCGGGCACCUACAGCUUCCAGGUGCGCGUGUCGGACGGCCUGUGGCCCGACGCCGUGUCCACCGUCACCGUCCAUGUCAGGGAGCUGCGCGACGAGGCCAUCCACACCUCCGGCUCACUUCGUCUGGCAGACAUCACUGCCAAGGAGUUUCUGGAGCAACAAGUGCGUGGCAAAAGCCGCUUCCAGCUGCUGGCCGACUUCCUGUCGGAGAUGCUCUCAGUCAGUGCGGACCACAUCAACGUGUUCAGCCUGGCCGAGGUGCGGGACAGGACUCUGGACGCUCGCUUCGCCGUGCACAGCGCCCCCUUUCUGAAGCCGGAGAAACUGCACGGCUACCUGGCCGCCCACAAACAGAAGCUGCAGUCCUUCCUGCAGGUGAAUGUGACUCAGGUGUACGUGGACGUGUGUGCCGAGGCGGCGUGCAGUGUGGGCAGUGGCUGCUCCGGCCAGCUGAGCGUCAGCGACAAGCCCAGCGUGCUGGACUGCGGCAGCGUGGCCCUGGUGACCGUCACCGUGGAGGCCAAGGCCGUGUGCAGCUGUGCCGCCCGCGAGCACCUCCACCAGACCUGCGCCUCCUAUCCCAGAAACCCCUGCUACAACGGCGGCAUGUGCCUGGACACGCAAGGAGGCUACAGGUGCCAGUGCCCCCCUCAGUUCGAAGGGCCCGAGUGCCAGCAGACUAAGCACAGUUUCCAUGGCGAUGGCUACGCCUGGUUUCCUCCCAUCAUGCCCUGCUUCGAGAGCCACCUCUCCCUGGAGUUCAUCACAGAGGUUGCGGAUGGCUUGCUGCUCUACAGUGGGCCUAUUGCCCAGCUUCAGCCCUGGGACCUGGAGGACUUCAUGGCCAUAGAGCUAAUUGAUGGCACACCCACUCUGAAGAUAAACCACGGCUCAGGCACACUGGUCCUGCAGUUGCCAGGCAACGUGAACGUGGCGGACAGACGGUGGCACAGGCUGGACGUGCGGAGCAACAGUAAGGAGGUGCGCUUCACCCUGGACCGCUGCUCCUCGGCCGCCGUCAGGGAGAUGGAGGGCGUGGGGAGCUGGCUGACCUCUCAGGACCACACCCCGUGCGAGGUCAGCGGGGUCACCCCCAACAUGGACAGGCACUUGAACAUGAGCCAGGUGUUACAGCUGGGCGGAGUGAACGAGAAUGUGCCCUUCGUGUACCCACAGCUCCAGCACAAGCACUUCACCGGCUGCAUCCGCAACCUGGUGGUGGACAGUAAGUUUUAUGACCUAGGUUCGCCGGCAGAAUCAUCCGGAAGCAGUCCGGGGUGUAUGAUGACCGACAGCAGCUGUGUGAACAUGGGCUAUCCCUCCUGUGGUCUGCGAGGACGUUGCCACGGCGAGUGGGGAUCCUUCAGCUGCCAAUGCUUGCCCGGCUACACCGGACACCAGUGUGAGCAGGAUGUUCCGGAGUAUUCUUUUGACGGGCGGAGUCACAUCCACUACCAGCUGGCUUCUCCGCUGGUGGCGCGGCGUACCCAAGUGCAGCUGAUGGUGCGCACACGCAAGCACACCAGCGCCCUCCUCAGCCUGCAGUCCCGCGAGCAGAGCGAGUACCUCCGCCUUGAGAUCCUCCAGGGCAAUCUAGUUGUCCUCUACAACCUGGGUGAUGGCGACUUCAACCUCACACUGCCAGCCUAUCACCUUGACAACGGCGAGUGGCACGAGGUGCAUCUGGAUCGCCACGACAAUGAGCUGACCCUGCGGCUGGAUGGGGGAGGCGGCCAGCGCGAGGUCACCGGGGCGCCGGGCCGAAGCCGGGAGAUUGUGAUUGACCCCACGGUCGUACUGCUGGGCAACACCUUCCCCUCUGCACCCAACAAGAGCUUUCAAGGCUGUAUGCAGGACCUGCGUCUGAAUGGUCGCUACGUGCCGCUGGAUGGCCAGGCUAAGGAGGGUGUGUCAGUGGUCAGCUCCCAGGGCGUGUCUCAGGGCUGCUCCUCCGACUCCUGCAGGAAGAACCAGUGCAGAGCGCCCUUCACCUGUGUGGACUUGUGGAGGAUCCACGAGUGCAGGUGUCCCUCAGGUCACAUGAUGAAGGGGAACACCACGGGCAAGUUCUGCAUCUACACGUUGUGCGCCAGCCGGCCGUGCCACCGGGGCACAUGCGUGGCGCAGUCGCCCUCCAAGUUCACGUGCGUGUGCCCCGAGGGCUACCGCGGGCGCCACUGCGAGGUGGCGCUGGCAAUCUACCGUGACGACGUGGGCCUCAGCUUCAGCUCGCUCUUCGCCAUCUGCAUCUGCUUCAUGGCGCUUCUAGUGCUCCUGCUGGGAAUCUUCCUGUACACCCGCUGGCGAAGCUACAAAGGGCUGAAGGAGGGCGUGUACCAUGUGUCUGCACACCAUGAUGGCUGGGAGGAUAUCCGUGAGAAUGUCUUAAACUACGACGAGGAGGGUGGAGGAGAAGAGGACCAGAAUGCCUAUGACAUGGCGGAGCUCCAAAAGUCUCUGCAGCCCAGCCCGGCCCAGUCGGUGCAGUACAGCCGCUCGCGGGCGGUGCAGCUGCACGCCCACUCCGUUCAACAGCAGUCGCUCCACCAGCAGCCUCCGCACCAGCUCCACCACCACCACCACCAGCAGCAGCAGCAGCCGCCGCAGCAACAGCCCCCCUUGUGCCAGCCAGCGACGCCCCUGCAGACCCUCCAGCACCAGCCGGACUCGUGCGCCCGAUCCAGCAGCAGCAGCAGCAGCAUGGCCGCCUCCUCGUCCACGGGCCCGGCCACCUCGGCCGCCACCACCACCACCACCACCACCCUGCUCCGCCGGGACGUGCCCCCCGUGCGCACCCCUGCCCAGGGCCAGAGCUCCAGCGGCCGGGCCGCGCAGCUGGCCCGCAAGAGCCUGUCCUUCUCUAGCCAGGACCUGGCGCGCUACCUGUGCGAGAUCAUCCGCGACGCCGACCAGCACCCCGAGACGGCGCCCUUCGACUCCCUGCAGGUGUUCUCCACGGAGGGGGGCGGCUCGCCUGCCGGCUCCCUCAGCUCCUUCAGCUCGGCGGGGCUCGACGAGGACCACAGCAGCGGCGGCAGCGGCACCGCUCCCGACAGCCUCAGGGAGUGGGGACCGCGCUUCGAGAAGCUCAAAGCGCUCUACGAGAGAGCCGAGGCCAGUGACCUCUGAGCAUGCAGGCCGAGACGUUAAAACCUCCUCACGGCACGAUAAACCCAGGAGAGAUUCCCACUGGAGAACAGAAGCCCAGUGACACCUCAACAGACACUUUGGGAAUUAGACAGGAUCAGGAGAUGGCAAGUGGGAAAUGGAAGUUUAAAAAAAACACACACACAUAAAUCAAAAACUCAUACAUUGUUUUAUCACUCUCUUUAUCCAAACUUCCCAUGUUUGAUGUGUGGGCUCCUGAAACUGCUGCCCAUGUGGUCUUUCGGAGUUCAUCUGACACUGCAGAAGCAGUGACACCAUAUUACUGAGCUGUUACAUAUGGCACUUACUGCAGGGGUUGGAAACAGCAGACCCUCUCUGGCAGUGACUUGCGGAUGACAAUGAUGUGUGGGAGAGAUGCUCUCUAUUCUCUGUUUGUUGACCACACUUGAGGACUGCCAAGCGCCUCUUGGACCUUUCUAAUAUGCCGUUCUAUAUGUCUGUAUGCUGUCAGUGUUUUAAAAAAAGAUGAAUAAAUAUUACAAGAAGUGCUUUGACGUUUAA